AUGCAGGUCUGCUAUUCACCACAAUUAGGAUCUACAACGAAGAAUCCAUCUUCCUUCCGUCAUUCCGGUGCUUACACAAGCCCAGGGACUCCAGAUUACGGGGAUAACAAUGUCGGAAGCUUUCAAAAGGGUUGGUAUUCAGAGAGAGUAGCGUUACCAAGUAACAGUAGUCGGAGACAUAUCAGUGCUGCAGCAUUGAUGCCAUUCAAUAGUGGAAGAACACUUCCAUCGAAAUGGGAUGAUGCUGAAAGAUGGAUUACAAGUCCAUUAUCUGGUUUUGGGGUUUGUAAGACGACGACGACGACUACUUCUACUACUACAGCUCCACCACCUAGACGACCCAAAGCCAAAAGUGGCCCAUUAGGGUUAGGUGGGACAACGACAACAUCAACAACACCUGGUGGAGUUCAUAAUUACUUUUCAAACUAUUCACCUGCUUUAUUACCCGAAAAUGGAAGCUCCAAAAAUUUUCUCACAACAGGGGUUUUAGUCCCUGAUCAUGGAUUACCUUUUCAUCAUGGAGUUGUUCAAUCUCCUAACAUUCCUGGAUGGUCCGAAUUGUUAAUUGGAUCUCCAUAUCCUGAUUCCCAAGAUGAAAAUGGUGUUUCGCGUGUUGUUUCACGGAGAGAUAUGGCGACACAAAUGAGCCCUGUGAGCAGCCCGGAAACCUAUACACCGCCGCCUGUGGAGGGCGGCAGCCACCAUUCUUCAAGAUCGGAAGUUAGGGAUGUUCAGGUGGAUAAAGGCGUCACUAUGACAAAAAGAUCAAAAAGACACAAGAUGAAAGUGAAGAAGAAGAAUAAUAGGCUAAAAGAGAGUAAUAAUGAAUUAUCUUUGACAUGGAAUACCACAGAAGGAGCAAUGAAAUUGUCAAAGCUGCAGAAAGAGGAAGCGAGAAUUACUGCUUGGGAGAAUUUACAGAAUGCAAAAGCGGAAGCAUCGAUUCGCAAACUUGAGAUGAAAUUGGAAAAGAAGAAGUCGGCGUCUAUGGAUAAGAUCUUGAACAAGCAUAGAGAUGCACAAAUGAAAGCUCAAGAAAUGCGAAGUAGAAUGUCGGAAAGUGUAGCUCCAAGAGAUUCUUGGAAAUUUAGGAGGUUUUUCAAGAAUUCAAUUGGGGGUUGUUUCCAUUGUCAUCAUGAUCACGAUUGAAUCAAGUUAAUUCAUGUUAGUUUGACCUAAAAAGUCAAAGGGUUGGGUUUCUAUUGUAUUUUGCGGAUAGGGUUUAUGGUGUUGUAUACUUGAUGAUUUGGAAAUUCUUGAAAUGAUGAGGUGAUAGAAAAGUGAAUAUAGUUUUCCUCAAGUGAAAUUUUGUUAGAUCGAAGAUAAAGGGGAAAGGGAGGGGGGUAAAUAUGUAAAAUCCAAUAUGAAUGAUUGGAGCAAAGGUACAUAAUAGAACUUUUGUUUUGUAUUGUGAAGGUUGAAAACCUAGUGACAUAUCUCAAGUCCAUGUUCUCUCAAGAAUGUCUUUUAUGAUGUUAAUUUGACCUAAAAAAAAAUUAAUGAUAUGAC